AUGAGACCACCGCGCACCCUCGUGCUCUGCUUCGACGGCACAUCCAACGAGUACGACGCCAAUAACACGAACGUCGUCAAGCUAUUCUCGCUGCUCAAGAAAGACAACAUCGACCAGCAGAUGUGCUAUUACCAGGCCGGUGUGGGCACGUACUUCCAGCCGGGCGUCGUCUCGCCCCUCUUCCAAUGGGGCGCAAAGAUCCUGGACGAGGCCGUCGCCUGGUACCUCCCGGCCCACGUCAUGGACGGGUACAAGUUCCUCAUGCAGAACUGGAACACCGGGGACAAAGUCUGCUUGUUCGGCUUCUCUCGUGGCGCAUACACCGCCCGUGCGCUUGCUGGGAUGCUCUACAAGGUGGGCCUCCUUCCGAGGGACAAUGAAGAGCAGGUCCCGUUCGCGUACAGGCUCUACGCGUCGAGCAAGUCGACCGACCUGACUCUCGCUGCGGGCUUCAAGACCACGUUCUGCCGCGACGUGCCGAUCGAGUUCGUGGGCGUCUGGGACACCGUGGCGAGCGUCGGGAUAGUCAUGACGAAGAGUCUACCUUUUGUCUCGACCAACAACGCGAUCCGGACGUUCAGGCACGCGCUCUCUCUCGAUGAGCACCGCGCCAAGUUCCGUCCGAAUCUAUAUCACCGUCCCGAGAUGACGCCGAGCGGCCUCGCCACGGUCGACUCGUCGCAGCACCCUACGCUCUCCGCUCUCAGGAUGAAAAUCCGCCGGAGCUGGCAGGAGAAGAACCGCAAGUUCGAGGAGGCGAUGGGGUACGGUGACGGUCACGAUGUCGAUACUGGAUCGAACGGGAGCGGCACGCGCUCGCCCGGGUGGACGACGGAUGUAUGCGAGGUGUGGUUCAGCGGAUGUCAUAGCGAUGUGGGCGGCGGUGCGGUGACUGAUGCGACGGAGUACGCGCUGGCGGAUAUCCCCCUGCGGUGGAUGGUCCGCGAGGUGAUGCUCGCGCAGUGCGGGAUCACGUUUGAAGAGGCCGCACUGACGCGCUGGAACAUCCCGCUGACGGCCACGGAAGCGUUCAAGAAGCAGACGUCGAAGCCGUCGUCGCCCGCCCCGGGCGCGGCCUCACCUGUGAGCGCGAACGGGAAAGACAGCGUCGAGAACGGCAGCAACGGCGGCAACGGGCAGAACGGCAAGGGCAUGAAGAGGGCGGACUCUGUCAGCAGCUGGGUGGCCACGAGGGAGCUCGCGGACGCCGUGCAGCCGAUGGACGACGAGCUGAAGAAGCAGCCCUUGUGGUGGAUCCUCGAGAUACUGCCCACGAAAUACUCGUAUCAGGACGUGGCUGGCAAAUGGAUCACCUUCUGGAGCAUCCAUCUUGGCCGCGGCCGAUACACGCCCCCGCAGCCCAAGUUCCACGAGAGCGUGAAGGUGCGCAUGGAGGACGUUGCGCUGAAGUAUGCGCCGCGCGCGAUAUACGACAAAGGCACCGAGACGUACGUGCGAUGACGAUACAGGUCUUCGGACAGCUGUCGGGUUUCGAUCGUGGAUAGGACAGUGGACUAGAUUCCUGUUGCUGUGUGUUUUUUUGACUCGCUCGACCGAUUUUAUGAGUGCUGGAUACUACGGGCGUUAUAUGACGAAUACCUAUGAUUUCUUGGUCUAUAUGUGUUCAUGGAUCGUAUUGUUGGUUCUUGAAUCGAGUCACUUGUUGCAGAUGUAAUAGCUAAAGGAUUUCGGAUAUCGGACCCAAGCUUUACACCCAUAACCCUAACCCAUGUUCGGGCAAUAUGAUGUUGUGGCGAGUUGCGUUGGCCAAGUC